AUGGGGCGGGCGGCGGUGGCCCUGUGGGUUCUGGCGGUGGCUGUGUGGCGGACGGAGCUCGCCGCGGCAGAUGCCAAGUGGAAAACGAUAACGGAGCAAAUUAAGAAAGCUGUGGAAGUCUAUGAGCCCUGUGUAAAGGAAAAUUGCAGCUGCCACCAAAGGGUCUGGAAGCAGGACCUGGCUCCUUUUCAAGGUGGCAUUUCCAAGGAGAUGAUGUCGGAUGUGGUGAGCCGGAAGCUCGGGACACAUUACCAAAUCAUUAAGAACAAAUUGUACCGUGAGCAGGACUGCUUGUUCCCUGCAAGAUGCAGUGGAGUUGAGCACUUCCUUCUGGGGAUCAUCAACCGCCUCCCUGACAUGGAAAUGGUGAUCAAUGUGCGAGACUACCCCCAGGUUCCCAAGUGGAUGAAGCCCAUUAUCCCAGUCUUCUCCUUCAGUAAGACACCUGAAUACAAUGAUAUCAUGUAUCCUGCCUGGACAUUUUGGGAAGGAGGACCAGCCGUUUGGCCAAUUUACCCUACAGGCUUAGGGCGCUGGGACCUCAUGAGAGAGGACCUCAGAAGAUCUGCAGAAAAAUGGCCAUGGAUGAAAAAAAUCUCUAAAGGAUAUUUCCGAGGAUCCAGAACGAGCCCUGAGAGAGAUCCCCUCAUUCUACUGUCCCGAGAAGACCCAGAACUUGUUGAUGCUGAGUACACUAAAAACCAGGCUUGGAAAUCUGAGAAGGACACCUUAGGGAAGCCUCCUGCAAAGGAAAUUCCACUGGUUGAUCACUGCAAAUACAAGUAUCUGUUUAAUUUCCGGGGAGUGGCGGCCAGUUUCCGGUUGAAACACCUUUUCUUAUGUGGUUCACUCGUCUUUCACGUUGGAGAAGAGUGGCUGGAGUUCUUCUACCCCCAGCUGAAGCCUUGGGUCCACUACAUCCCCGUCCGAUCAGACCUCUCUAACGUCAGGGAGCUGUUGCAAUUUGUAAAGGAAAAUGAUGCCAUAGCCCAAGAAAUUUCAGAGAGGGGACGCCAAUUCAUCACCGAGCACUUGCAGAUGGAGGAUGUCUCUUGCUACUGGGAGCAUCUGCUGUCUGAAUAUUCCCAAGCCUUGACUUACAAAGUGAAAAGGAGGAAGAGCUACAGCGAGAUCGCUCCUGAACGGCUGAAAACAGAAUUGUAGAGACUUCUCUGUUUUUCCCUUCAGCUCAAACUGAUCUCAGUGGAAAUCUGAAGAUCAGUGUAUCUUCUUUCUUGGUCUCUCAGACUUCUUAUCCUUUCCACUAGAACUACAGAGAACAGCAAUAGGGUAACUUUGAAAUGGUUCCCAUCCAGUGGGAGCUGGUCGUAGCGUCGCCCUGAGAACAUUAAGUAGAAUGUUGGAUUAUGGUGAUUUUAAUGGGGUGGUUAUGCUCCUGUCUGGAAGAGGGUUGUUAGCAUUUGGGACUUAGUUACUACUUGUCUCAGAAUGAUCCUAAAUCCCAUGUGGGCAAUGAGAAGACUUCCUGUUAACGUUACUGGACUUUCAACCAAGUCCUCUCUACUUGUGGGCAAGGUACACUCAGCUGGGAGACACGUGCCCCCUUUUUUGGCAAAUGGUGAAUGUUUUCUCACCUGUGUGACAGCACUUGGGAUAUUAGGUGUUGCCUGACAGAAGCAGGUACUACUGGGAUUUUGGGUAACUUUUUUUAGGUAGUUUAGAGAUCACUUUUCUGAUGCUUCUGUCAGGUUUUUAAAGAGCUUGAUGGUAAGGCUUUGAUAUGCCACUGAAAGGACAAAUGGUCCUUGCACAGUUAACCUACCUACCUCAUAGAGGAGUGGCCAGUGAUGAUGAUGAUGGUGCCACAGUGCUAAGCCAGAGAAGCAGACACUCGAGCAGUUGGCAACUGAUCUAAAGACGGUUCCUCCUCCAGCAGAUGAGCUGGGUGCCCACACAGCCACGCAGAACUGAGCCCCUGUUAACAAGCUGUUCCCGCUUGGCUGGCCAGAUACACUGUCCCUGGGUUCUUAAGUGUAUGCAGAGGUAGUCAGCUCUUCUUUUUUUCCAGAUGUUCACAGAUUCUCUGCUCUGAUCCCCUUCUGUAAUCUUUCCAGGGUUGGUUUUGGGUCUGGGUUGUUUUUUGUUUUUUUUUUUUUUUGAGCUGGUAGCAUGUCUGCUGGCUUCAGUAUUUGCUUUUCUUUCCCACUGCUGUUACACUUCUUUUCUCACGUCUUUCACCCUGGUUGAAGGAAUGUCUUCAGCCACACAACGGCAGCUGCUCCUCACAUUGCUCGUUUCGGGGUCAGUCACAGGUUGCUUGCACUCACUGUAUUUAUGCCAUUACAGGCUGCUCAGCCCAGAGGGAAUGUGACUUCCCAAACGCUUUGUGUCCCCUGGGUUGGGAGAGCCCUGCUAGCAAGCAACAUCUUCCCAGGCAUCCAGGCAGGUGCUUAGAAGAGCGUGGGCAGCAGCGCAGGAUCCCAGGGGAGCCACUGCCUCCAAUGGGAACACCCUUAGAAUCAUAGAAUUGUCUAGGUUGGAAGGGAACUUUAAGAUCACCUAGUCCAACCAUCAACCUAACUCUGAUUUAA